GCGCACACACCAAGUCUCUCACGGGGAAGAGAUCCAGCUAGUAAACCACUCCCAGUAGGCAGUAGCCAUGCCGCCAUACGAUUCUGAGCCCCUUGAUCAUUCCCUGGAGUUCCAUGAGCUUCACUACCAGCUGAACUUGGUCCAGCGCUGGGGUGUAAACCAGGUACCAGUCGCAGCUCCCGGAGGUAAUGGUAACUUUGGAGAAACGAUGGCUAACGAUUGGGAUCUAGAAGAUCCCUGUAAAAACGGGAAAAUAGUGGGUCAUGCCAAGGGUCUGCAUAUCCGAUCUAGUAGAGGCGCCGGAGGACACCACCACGCUUCAUUUGACAUUAUCUUCGAGCAAGGUAGCGGCUUGGAAGGGUCCACACUUCAGGUAAUGGGACCUAAUGGGGCAGAGUGGUCUAUCGUUGGGGGUACUGGGAAACUUACCAUGGCACGAGGCGUCAUAUACAGAAAAUACGGUGUGGUCGAUGGCGGUGCCAAAGUAAAGCUUCAGAUUCAUGCGUUCUAUAUCCCCAUGAAACGUCCUAAUAAUCAUGGCCCAAGUUCUGGAAAUAAUGUUUGGCGCUGGUAAAUGGCCGGCUAGUGUUGUUGCAGACGGCAUAUGGAUCUAUCAACUCUCAACUGCUGAGGAUUAAUACACGUGCUUUUUUAAUAUAUUUCCAUGUCCAUUUCCAGUAAAAUUAAACAAGGGAUUCUACACAAGAAUCCAUGUUGUUGUUGGCCAUUAUUGCUGCUACUUGUGCAUGUUUGAUAAUGUGUGUGGUCGUCAUCAAUAAAUAAUGUGUUACAUGGACACAAUUGUCGUUGUUAGCU